GCGGCCAGCUGGGCCGGGGGGCCGGGGGCGCCCCGCGGCAGCUGAUCGCGGUUAACCGGGGGCGAGCCAGAAAGGGGCAAGGGUGGCGCUGCCCGUCCCGCCCUCAGCCAGCGCCGCUUCCUCCCCGGUGCCCGGGCCCGGGUGCCGCGCCGCUCCGCCCAUGGAGCUGGAGGCGCAGUGGUGGACAGGACAGCUGGCAGCCGACAUCCACCAAGCGCUUCGCUACAAGGAGCUGAAGCUGCCCUCCUACAAAGGCCAGUCUCCCCAGUUACACCUGAGAAGAUAUUUUGCAGACCUGAUUGCCAUCGUGAGCAAUCGGUUCAGGCUCUGCCCUGCUGCGCGACACCUGGCUGUGUAUCUGCUGGACCUCUUCAUGGACCGCUAUGACAUAUCCACACAGCAGCUGCACGUGGUUGCUCUCUCCUGUUUACUUUUAGCGAGUAAAUUUGAAGAAAAGGAAGACAGUGUUCCCAAACUUGAACAGUUGAACAGCUUGGGCUGUAUGACUAACAUGAAUUUGGUACUAACAAAACAGAAUUUACUUCAUAUGGAGUUGUUGUUGCUAGAAACAUUUCAGUGGAAUUUGUGCCUCCCAACUGCUGCUCAUUUCAUCGACUAUUAUCUUUCUAUUGCUGUCCAUGAGACUGAUCUCCAUGAUGGCUGGCCAAUGGUCUGCUUAGAGAAGACUAAGUUAUAUAUGGCAAAAUAUGCUGAUUACUUUCUAGAAGUAUCGUUGCAAGAUCAUGAAUUUUUAAAUUAUGCCCCAUCUUUAGUUGCUACUGCGUGUGUAGCUUCCUCAAGGAUUAUCUUGCGUCUCUCCCCAACGUGGCCCACCCGCCUGCAUCAUCUGACCGCCUACUCCUGGGAUUUCCUGGUGCCCUGUAUUGAGCGACUCUUGAUUGCGCAUGAUAAUGAUGUGAAGGAAGCAAACAAGCAAAAAGGACAACACGCUCAGUCUGCCCAACACUCUGUAUUUCAGCCCCCAGCCCCAACCCCCCAGCAGGCCAACACUCAGCAGCACAUACCCCACUAUCUGCAGGCUCAUCAGUCUUCAUUACAGUACCACCAUCAGACAUCACAGCAGCAAAGCUGCCAACAGAUAUUAUCAUCUAAUCACACAGCAUCUUACCCGCUUCAGACUUGCCCUGCUGCCUUACAGUCCAGUGGCCAGGCCCGAGGCCACGUACAGACUGGUGCUGCCACGUCCUUGGCUGUGCCACUGGAAGUGAAGCCAUGUAUUAGUGUCUCCUACAACCGGAGUUAUCAAGUGAAUGGACGAUAUUCCUGUAUUACUCCCUGCUUUGAGAGGUGAUAACUACAAAAAGGUUUUGUGCGUGUUUGUUUGGGGUGGGGAGUUGUGUGGAAACUGUUUCAUUUUUUUGUUGAAUCUCAAGUAAGUUUGAGGGCAAAAAAUUGAAUAAAGAAGGUGUCUUUCCAGGAAAAAAAAGCAUCUGGGUUGGCAACCAGUACCACAGCUCAAAUACAGACUGCAAAAAAUAAGCACCCGGACCAUCCUCUGCAAAAGACUCUGUAUGCUUGGGGAUAAUAAGUUCUUACUCUGACUCUCAGCAUAUUCUGUUCUUCUAAUGCGUGUCUGUGAAAUACUAUUCAAAAGAAAAAUAGCUGUGGACUAACUACAAACUUACCUUUUAAUGAAGGAGAUAAUGCAGUAUUAUUUUGAAGACAUUUAUGUUAUACCACCAUACAGUAUUAACACUUACUUUAUAUUUACUGAAACUUAAGAAUCCACUCAAUGCCAGACUUCUACCGAUACCCGGUGAUCACAGGAAGAAACACAUCUCAUCUGGCUAACUCCAUAUUCUUGCCCCUUUUUCACCACUUGUGUUGGAUAUUUGCUUUAGGCUAAGGCAUGUGAGUUAACUGGUAUUUUGGCUAAUUUUUAAGUUUUGUACCUUACAGGACAGACAAUAUCUUUUUGCCUCUUUUCUCCUCCCUAUCCUUUUUAUGUUUAAAGUAAUUCUUUCAUACUAACUCAGGGACUUUUCUAUUCAUUACUCUGUGCUGCUGGUUUGUACACUAAUUGGGUAUAACUUGAGGAAGGAAGGCGGAGGGGGAAGAUACUAUAGCAAGUGCAGUGGCUUUUCUUCAGGGCAUCUAUGCAGAGAACCAAAGGGAUGUGUCAGUGUUCACUGAACACAGAUGUGAACUACUGCCCAGCAGUGUGGUAAUUGAAGAAAAGAGAAAGUUUCAGCUGAAUUUGUACUGUACCAGAACUUCUGCAGUGGCUGUGAUUGAUCUGUGUACACACACGCACACAAACACACGUGUAUUAUUGACCAACAGAAAGCAUCCUCCAGUUGUACUGACAGUGUCACUCGUACAAAACAAGUACAGUUAAAUGCUUACAGAAAUACAGUUCUGUCAGGCUUAUGGUGGAGGGAAAUUCUCAGGUAAUAACGUGGCAACUUUUUCUUCUACUGUUUGGGAAUUCUAGAAGAAGAUACAGAGAUUUACUCUUCUAAAUGGGUGGAUCAAAAAUAUAUUGCAGAGUGAACUGCUUUAUCACAAUUAAGGUGCUAAUUACAUAACUUUAUGGAAUUACACUCUCUCCUGUGGAGUGGAUAGUGUGAGGGUAGAAAGCUUCACUCAUCCAACUCUUGGAUGAAAAUGGUGGUAGAGAUAUUAAUGGAGAUGGUUUGGGGGUUUUUUGUUUGUUUCUUUUUGUUUGAUCUUUUCCCUAAUACAAGAAGAUACCUGACUUUUUCCUGUGGUAGAAUGGGAGGAAGAGCUAUGGAUGACAGGAUUCUUACUACUUAAAAAUAUCUUUAUAGUAUCUAGGCUUAAGGGUUGUUUUUGGUUGUUUUAUUUGUUCUUUUACCACCUUCUCCCCUGUCUUAGUGGCAGCACUUAAAAUUGUGUACCAUCGAAUGACACUGAAGCAUUGUGAAUCUUACAGAGACUGUUUUGAAAGCAGGGGCAAUUAAGUUACAAUAUCAAUAUUAAAGUGAAGCCUUUAUGACUAUAAUGUUCAGAAUGGAGGGAGGACAGCUGUGUUCAUUCAUUCUGGUGAUCAAUUAUGUAACAUGCUAUAAAACCUAUUUAUUGCUGAGGAGAAGAAAUCCUGUUUCUCUUGUUUUGUCUUUUAAAUCCCAGUUUUUGUUGUGGGCUUCUGUAGCAUAGAUGUGCAAGUCAAGAGGGAUGGGAGGGUGAAUGGAAAAGAUGACCCUCUCUGUUUUAUGCUAGAGAAUCAACUUUGAAAUAGGCAUAGUGUGGUCAGUUCUUUAUUAAAGUGCAAGUUGGUUUGGGUUUUUUUUCCUCUCCUCUCUUCUUCUCUUAAUGAAUAUUUCCCCAUGUCUGAGAGUAGUGUUAAGUAGAGACUUUCCACCUCAUAAGAUGCCGUGCUUUUUGCUCGGCACUGUUGCCCAUCUUAGAGGGAAAUGGACUUCUUUCUGCUGGUUUGAUUUGUUGCAAUGCUGUAUCCAAGUCCUCAGUGCUCUAACUACCUCUGAUGCUAUGAAUGUACAGUCUUGUAAUAGACCAUGACUUGAAAUAACAGCAGAUGCCUGUAGCAAUUUUUUCUGUAAAAUCUUUAAAUCAGUGAACUUGUCAUCUUUUUUGUGACACAGCAGUAUAGGCUCUUCUUUUUGGGGGUAUUAGUAAAUUUAUUCCAUAGGCAUUCAAUAUAAAAAAAAUUAACUAAUACUUAACACUGGAAUUAUAAUGGGUGGGGGGCUUAUUCAGUUAGUUAAUACUGCAAAUUUGCAUUUAAUAGGGUAUUAUUUGACUAUUUUGAGACAUUAGGUCAAUUGUAAAAAGAUCCACUACAUGCUGUUUGUUUUUAAUUUAUUACUUAGUUUGCGGGUUUUUUUCUGACACUACAGCUGCAUCAUGACUGCAGAGAAAAUGUACACUGAACAGUUUCAAUCUGUAUUAUUUAAAAGGGCUUUACCAGUGUACAUUAAAAAUACACUGUUCUUACUAUUAGAACCAAAAUGCGUUUUUUAUGGCAUAAAUAAGAAUGGUGCUCCUAAAUGCAAAAUGUCCAAAACAAUGGAAUCUUUGUGAGUGCUAUGCAUUCAACUUAUUUUUUAAAAUAAAACUAGUUUUGAGUAA